AAAGUUCCAUCAGCAUGGUUGUCUCAUGGUACAGUUAUAGGUAGUUCUUUACUAAUAUUUCUGUUGUAUGCUUUUAAAUUAAUAUAUAUUCGCACCGAUUGAUAGAUAUAUAUUUUCCACAUAUAUAUUAACUAUUUACAACGUGGCCAUGCAUGUUACAGGCGUGCGUUGACGUUAGAAAGCUUUAAAAUAGCAUGUAAACAUCUGGAGAAAUGUAUUAAUGCCAGUCAGUUCGUGCUAAGUGUAAUAUCGAAGAAAGCUGAACAACACAUUAGUGGUUGAUUAUUUAUUACAUUAACUAUUUCGAUAAAACCUUAAGAUGUCUAAAGUUAGUUUGAAGAAACAUGACGAAAGUGUUCAGUCUAAUGGUAAGUCAAAAAAUAAUAAGAGAAGGAAACCUCAUAAUAAUAAAAAGACGUUCUUCUACAACACAAAAACAGUUGUAAAGGGGAAAACGGAACCAAAAACUGUAAAGCCAAACAUUACGCCCCCCACAAAAGUUGAAGAGUAUUCGUGCAACUGGAAAACGUUACUGCAGACUGCUGCUGUAAAUCCUGAAAAGAAGGAUGAAGACACAAAACAGGUGAAAGAUGCAAAUGCUAAAGGAAAGCAGGUUCAGAAGACGCCAGCAACUUUCAAAGACUCUCAUAAACCAGAGAAACACUUCAAAAAACCCACACAGACUGUCAAACCUGCUUCUGAGACAUCAGGAAAAAAAGUGGUGAAAGAUGGAGACCAACAGAAUGGAAAAGACUCCACCGGACACAAACAGUUCAAAGCAGAGAAGAGGAAAAGAAAGGAUGAAAAAGAGAAAGAUAUGAACAAAAAGAAGAAAGUCGAAGAGGUGGAACAGAAAACGGCAGAGCCUGAUAUCUGGUUUGACGACGUUGACCCUGAUGACAUUGAGGCCACUUUGGGGCCUGAGGUUGCAGACGUCGUACGAAAACGUAGUGGAAAUCUCAAGUCCAGUGCAGAAAUCACGGAAAAAGUGCUGGUGAAAGAGCACGCGUUUGAGGGUUUGACCCGUGCUGUCGCUAUGGACUGUGAGAUGGUGGGCAUCGGGUGUGACGGGGAGGACAGCAUUCUAGCGCGAGUCUCCAUCGUCAACCACUUUGGGAAAUGCGUCUACGAUAAAUACGUCAAACCCACGGAAAAGGUUACGGACUACCGGACGGCCGUCAGUGGAAUCAGACCGGCAGACAUCGCAAAUGGUGAGGACAUCAAGACAGUCCAGAAGGAAGUGGCUCAGAUUCUGGAAGGAAGAAUAUUAGUGGGACACGCCAUUCACAAUGAUUUAAAGAUUUUAUUGCUGGAUCAUCCCAAGAAAAUGAUCAGAGACACACAGAAAUACAAACCAUUUAGGCAGACAGCAAAGAGCUCACGUCCUGCAUUGCGAGUUUUAUGCAAAGAGAUUCUCAAUGUUAAAGUCCAGCAGGGUGAACAUUCAUCUGUUCAGGACGCCCAGGCCACUAUGAGGUUGUACACUUUGGUGAAGAAGCAGUGGGAGGCGGAGAUUAAAGCCACCCGGGCGGGUCAAUUUCAGAAGACCCCGCGAAAACCCAAAACUGCUAAAAAACACAGCAAAUUAAUUCCUAUCAGCCAAUAAGAACUCUAUUAGCUCAUCGUAAAAUAUGACAGACUGAAACAUGGAUCUGUGCAGGGAACUAUUUUACUAUUCUACGACAUGGAUUAUUCUGGAGUUUCACCGUGUUCAGUUAUGAUGAACAAUGUUUAAUAUUCCUGUCUGAAUGUCUCUGUUUGUAGUUUGAUCUCAAAUCCUAUCUUAUGUUAUUUGAGGAAUGAGACCAUCAAGCUGAUCAGAUUAUUAGUAAUAUAAGUGUAACUGUACAAUUGAGCCCUUUUUAUACCAAGUAAUUUAAAUGUUAAUUAUCCAUCCUGUUUAAAGUUACAUGACAGAUGUAACUUUCAUUGAAGAUUUUCAUGGUGUUCUGUGUGAACUGCUAUUAAAGACCCCACA